GUAUGUAACAGGUACCCGAAGAGAAAGAGUGACACACCUGUGAAUUGUAAAGAAAUUCGGUCGUUUCUUUAUAAUCGACGACAGAUACAGAUUUUACAGGUCAUCUGUUGGAUUAUCCUAUAUUUGUGGGAAAUAAUUUUCCUGGACUGUUUUGUAGAAUGACUACUCUCCCAAUUGGAUUGUUAUUGGGCGCUUUGGUGUGCUUGAUUGUUUUCCUGGGUCGCGCGGAGGCCCAGCCAUUCGGGGAACAGUGUUUGGACAAUUUCGAAAAGGGCAAAGAAGAUUUCGUUCUCGACACGGAUGACUCGGUGAAAUACGGUGCGACUUUCAUCAUUAAACCGAAGGUUGAGAGCACCAAUGACUGUAUACGCUCGUGCUGCAAAGAUCCCAACUGUAAUGUCGCUUUCAUGGAGAAUGGGUCCGGUGACGGAAUGAUCAAGUCAUGCUUUCUCUUUGACUGUCUAUACAAGCAGAAGUACGUCUGCCGAUUUGUCAGGAAGAAGGGAUUCCUGAACUACAUCAGAGACGCGGUGUAUGAAAGUGAUCUGGCCACAAAAAACCUCCCAGGUGAAGUGGACCAUCCUCCAGAGGCCAAUGGAGGUCCGGACAGAGUGGUGCAGCCCCAGGAAAGUUUAACUCUGAAUGGCAACGAGAGCAAGGACGACCACGAUAAUGUCACGUACCAGUGGCAGCUAGUGUCAGGGAACACCUCUGCUGUCAUUGAGAAAACCUUCCAAUAUGGCUAACUAACUAUUGAUUUGUUAUUCUUAUUAUCCUAUUUUAUCAUAUUUGAGGCAUUUAAAAAAGAUAUGUGUUGCUGGAAAUAUAUUGUACAUUAUUGAUACCCUUUGUCUUAACUGGUAGAAGUUAGAGCAAGUUAUUUUACUUUUCUAGUUUAUUUUGUGAUUAUUAAAACUGGUAUUUCAGAAGGAAACAGAAGAGGGGAAAACAGUGAGUUUGUGCCUCAUCAUGGUGGUCACAUGUUAUAGGAAAAUAUACAUUUUAUAUACUCAGCUUUUUCAUGAACACUUUUGUAUGUAGUUUUCUCUUUUACCAUUAGCUCUCAAAUCCUAAAUAAAAUGCUGUUCCCAGAAUC